AUGUUGGACUAUUCCCUCGUGGCAUCCAGCGGCAUCAGCCUCGAGAACAUCUCAGGCAUAUACUACCUGCAUAAGCUCAUCCUCGAUGCAAAGAAAAUGGACCAGGAUGUUAAGGAUGCUGGGCGCGACAGCCACGUCGAGAACAUUGUUCGCCACAGAAAAAACCACGAGUUUCGCAACUACAAGCUUCCCACCCAGCGAAUGUGGAUCUACGAGACGCGUCCAGCAUCCGCCAUUCGCUUUCGAGCCACCAUCAGCCACGGCAAGCGCCCCGGCGAGAUUAAAAACCCCAGCGGCCUGCGCAACGACGAGUUUGACCGCGGCGACCUAGCUGGGCGUGUUCAGUUUGGCUACGAGAUUCUAAAGCUAGAACGCCUCGCACAACCGAUUUCGCUGGAGGAGCUAAAGAAGAACGGCUGGCUAAAAGGACCACCGCAAAAGUAUUGCUUUGUAAUGCCGGCAUUUGACAAGGUCUUGCAGGCGAGGGAAUUGGAGCUGGUCUUUGAUGCCACGACCGCGAGAGCUUCAGGUACAACCGCUUGCAAGGCUACGCAGGUGAAGGAAACAGUGGGAAAGGACGAAAUUGGGAACGAUGAUGGGGCCGGGCAGUCGGGGGGUCCGACAAAUUGCUCAUGA